AUGAGGAAUGUGGUCGUUCUGUGGCUUGCCAUGAUGGUGUUGGUUGAGGGUCAAGUUUCGAAGUGGUCGAAACCUCCGCCGCUACCUUCGAGGUAUUUUGUUCACGUGGUAAAUGGGCUAAGCUAUCAAAGUUUGGAUGUGCAUUGCCAAUCCAAGGACGAUGAUUUGGGAUAUCAUCGUUUGGUUAAACAAGGAGAUGAAUUUCAAUGGAACUUUGAAGAAAACUUUUGGGGAACAACCCUGUUUUGGUGUAGAUUGGAGAAGCCGGAUGCAUAUGUCGCUUUUGAAAGCUUUUGGCCUGAAACGAAGAACGUUUGGCUUCGUCAUAGAUGCGGGAAUCAAGGAACUUGUAUUUGGACUGCCAAAGACGAUGGAAUUUAUUUGAGAAAUAUGCCUACUAAUGCUGAUGAAUUUGUUCACAAAUGGAUCCCUAAAUAA